AUGGUCGAAUGGGAAGAGGCUAAGACUUCCAUCUCGCGAAAUCUCAUGGUCUGGCUACAGCUACCCAGGAAGAACGAUAUAUUCAAGUGCUUCCGCAUCAGUCUAGGCACCCCACGUCAGCGAAAGACCAAUUGGUUGGACCUAGACCUCCGGAAAACUUUCGACAGCCCGUUGAAGGUCCACCUCACUCAUGUCGUUUUCCAAGAGACACUGCACCCUAAAAUAUUGGACCUUAUGCUAUCCUGGCUAAAAAAAUGCAACACAAGCCAUUCUGAGUGUACUCAUCUGUCAACAAGACUUGUUCCACUACCGACAAGGGUAUUGGACGUGAGCACACUUCCCGGACCAGAACAGAUGUUGGGAAAACAACCGAUAUGGAGAGAGCAAUUCCAGGAUGGAAAAUGCAAGCUUCUCCAGACUACCAAGGGUCAAACGGGCCUCUAUGUUGCCUUGAGUUACUGCUGGGGUACUAGCUUACCCUUGAAAACGACUACAAUCAACUUGCAAGCACAUGAGUCCGCCAUCAGAUUUGACAAAUUACCGCAGACUUUGCAAGACGUUAUCAUGAUCGUGCGGUACAUAGGCAUCAGAUACGUUUGGAUUGAUUGCCUAUGCAUAUUGCAAGACUCCAAGGCAGACUGGGAACAUGAAGCUGCACGUAUGGCAGAUGUGUACUCCAAUGCGUAUCUGACUGUAGCUGCUUCACGAGCAAAGCACUGUGAGGAAGGGUUCCUUGGUCUUCGCAGUAGAGAUCGCCCAAUUUGUAUAAAUCUUGAAGAUGAAGAGGGCUCGUUCGAGCUAUACAUUCAAAAGCUUUCCAUGGCGGAGGGCGAGUGUUUGCAGGCUUUGGAUCGUCGUGGAUGGGCUGCUCAGGAAAGCCUUCUCUCUCAUCGUGUCCUAAGCUUCAAUGAAGACCAGAUGACCUGGGGAUGCGCUCAGAAUGAUGAAACUGAAGAGAGCAAUCCACUGGGGAUAUAUAUUACGCUGGACUAUGGAAGCAGCACUUCCUGGAAGGUCUUCUGUGGUGCUUGGAAAUGGGAAUGGGUUCGCGUCAAAGAAUGGAAGGACAUCCUCGAGCACCGAGGAGACGACAGGAAUGGAUUGCUCCGUCGUGGUCUUGGGCAUCUAUAA